AUGUUCCGCUGUUGCCACAAGCCCACAGCGACGGUGCCAGUCGCCGCCCAUGACGCCGCCGCCUUUGACAUCUUCAUCUCGCUUCGCUUCAGCGAGGCACGAAACGCGGGGAAGGCGCUCCAGCGAGCGCUCGAGGCAAGGGGGCUGAAGGUGUUUCUGUGUGAGGUUCCUCCAGGCUCGAACAUUGCCAAGGUUGUGAUUCGAGCGCUGCAUGGGUGCCGCAUGGCGGUGAUCCUUGGCACGCGUACGUAUGGCAAAGAGACGGACAGCAGCUUCAGCACAUUUGACGAGCUUCAGUACAUUGUUGAUCGAAGGAAGCCGUUCUUCCUUGUGAAGAUGUGCGACGACUUUGAAGAGCCUGAGGCGCAAUUUCACCUGAGGAGCAACGUGGCAUAUUUCGCUUGGACGCCCAAAAACGAGGAUACAAACAUCAGCGUGCCUCCGCCGCUGGUUGAUGACAUUGUUGGCAAGUUGAAGGAGCAGACCCCCAACACCCUGACCAACGCAUCAGGCCAGCAACUGGCUGCCACAACUUCGUUCGACAGCCCACUUUCUGUCUCUGAACCGCCGUUCAGCCCAGGACGCGAGGAUGCGAAGAUGUUUGCCAUGGAAGUUGGUCAUGAGCCAUUGACUGUCAAGCGCGGUUGUAACUGGAAACGGGCGUUGCGCACGGCGUUGGCGGUUGCCAUUGUGGUUGGCGUUGCCGUGGCUGUUCCAAUCACGGUGCUGUCUGGAGGUAGCGGGAACGGUCCCGACGGGCCUGGAGGAGGUCCCGACGGGCCUGAAGGAGGCCCCGGAGGGAACAUGAGCAACGCGUCCCUUCCAACAACCACCAGCUUGCCGACUACAAUCAACGGUACCACAAAGGCGACUUUGGCUGCAGCCGGAACUGGAACGUUUGGUCAGCUUGGGCCAACAGCAGACAAGUGGCUUGGCGGCGUGCUGGCAAGCAACGGGCUGAUCUAUGCCGCGCCUUGGUACUCGCCUUCCGUGCUCAUCAUCAACCCCAGCACCAACACCGUCGACACCACCACCAUCUCGGGACUUGGAACGGAUCCAGCCAAGUGGGCUGGUGGGGUGAUGGCACACAACGGCCUCGUUUACAUGUUCCCUUCAAACAGGCAGUCGAUGCUCAUCAUCGACCCAGACACCAAUGCGGUUGACAUCACGAGCAUCCACUCACUUGGCUCGACGAGCAACAAGUGGUAUAGUGGCGUUGUGGCCAGCAACCAACUCAUCUUCGGCAUCCCGUUGUAUGCCACGUAUGUGCUGAUAAUUGAUCCGAAAACCAGCACCGCCGACAUCACGACGAUGGCAGGACUGUCGAGCGGGACGCACAAAUGGUAUGGUGGCGUGCAGGCAGACAAUGACCUCAUCUACUGCAUCCCCGUGAAAGCUUCUUCUGUUCUUAUCAUCAACCCAGGGUCCUUGACGAUGGACCUCACGACCAUCAGUGACCUCAGUUCCACAGGCAGCAAGUGGUAUGGUGGUGUGCUGGCAGAGAAUGGCUUCAUCUACACCAUCCCAGCCUACUCAGCGACGAUACUCGUCAUCGACCCAGCCACAAACGCGACCAACGAGCUUGUUGUUGCACCCGCACCAGGCUCCUUGAAGUGGAAUGGCGGUGUGCUCGCACCCAACGGCAACAUCAUUGGCAUCCCGCACGACUCUCAAUCAGUCCUUGUCCUUGAUCCAACAACUAACACCACCGACACAACAACCAUCAGCAAUCUUCAUGGCUCUGCCAAGUGGCUAGAUGGUGUGCUUGCUCCAAACGGCCUCAUCUACGGCAUUCCACAUGAUGCUGAGUCCGUCCUCGUCAUCGAUCCCGGCUGCUGA